CGUUGUUUGAAAUUUGUCUGUAGCCAACAUGGCGGACGACCUGGACGUUGAUAUCGAAGGAGACGAAUAUGAUGCUAAAUUGGGUGGCUUUGGUGAGGGAGCAGCGCUACUCCAGAACCAGCACCCGCAGUCAGCAUGGAAGAACAAUACUGGAGUCUUGCCAUGGGGACUAGACAGCUCCAUCAGUGCAGAGAACAUGCUGCUGGAGGAACAGUAUUAUUUGACAGGUAAAGAGAUGUCCAAGAGUGUGUGGGCCAACUCGGCUAACUGCAAGCCUAAACCCAAAGUGAAGAAGUCUCCUGCCAAGCCUUCAAGUUCAGGCUCCUCCACAGCCACUCGCUGGUCUCAGCAGGAGAAGGAGCUGUUUGAGACAGGACUGGCUCAGUUUGGCCGUAGGUGGACUAAGAUCUCCAAGCUGGUAGGCAGUCGGACCAUUCUACAGGUGAAGAGCUACGCCAGACAGUACUUCAAACACAAGGCUAAAUCAGAGUGCAAUACUACUGCAGUGGCAACCCCUACAGCCCCCCUGGUUUUAGGCCAGGUCCCAGAAGCAGGGUCAACAGUGUUCACCUCUGGCCUGUCUGUCCCCACCCACCUGUCAGCUCUGACCAACACUGUCCGGAUAGAGAAACUGGGAGAUGAAGAGGAAGAGGAGGUGGACAUAACUGAUGACUUCAGCGAUGAGGGAAGUAGUGGAGGAGGAAAUGGAGGAGAAAUAAAUAUUGAGGGAAAUGUUGAGGACCUCCAGGCUGGAGUUAGGACUGAGACGCAUGAGCCUGGAGGGCCAGAGGAGCUGGACAACCAUGGAGAGAUCCACCAGGUGCAACCCAACCAGACACACCCCAGGCUGGAAGAGACGGAUCAGGAGCAGCCUAACUGUAGCCAUCCAUCUCCCCUCACAGCUCCAUGCCCAGCAGAGCAGGCCCCCAGCGGACAGUGUGAGGGGGGAACUGCUGAGCCCCUGAGGGACCCAGUGGAGUCUGGAGAGGAGACAGGGGGGUCUGGGUGGCAAGAGGCAGGGGAGGAGUUUGAAGAGGAGGAGCUUACAGCCCCCGAGCAGGAAGCGGAGCUGGACCUGGCGACUAUCACUGAAGAGGAGAAACAAGCUAUCCCAGAAUUCUUUGAGGGACGGCCAUCCAAAACCCCAGAGAGAUACCUGAAGAUCAGGAACUACAUGCUGGACCAAUGGUUGAAGAGUAAGCCCAAGUACUUGAACAAGACGUCAGUGCGUCCUGGUCUGAAGAACUGUGGAGAUGUCAACUGUAUCGGCAGAAUACACACCUACCUGGAGCUGAUAGGAGGCAUCAACUUCAACAGUGAUCAGGCAGUGUAUAACCGUCCCAGGGUGGUGGAUCGUUCUAAACCCAGAGAGAGCCGAGACACUCUGGAAUACCAGCUGGCCCAAAGACUACAGAGCAUGCGAACCAGGAAGCGUCGUGUGAGGGACGUGUGGGGGAACUGGCGUGACGCUAAAGACCUGGAGGGACAGACAUACGAGCACCUGAGUGCAGAGGAGCUAGCCCUGAGGAGAGAGAUGAGGAGACCGCAUAAACCCUGUAAGGUCUCCAGGCACAGAGGGUUGCUGGAUCCGUUCCAGCUGAUUCCGUGUCGUGUGUUUGGAAAGGAAAGGCAGGAGCCCUUUCAGGUGAUAGUGUGUGCCGAGGCUCUCCUCAUCAUGGACAUGCAUGCCCAUGUGUCGAUGGGUGAAGUCAUCGGGCUACUGGGAGGAUCCUACAGCGAGGAAGACAACGUCCUGAAGACCAGAGGACGUUUCUCCAAAAACUACGAUCUUUGUCCCCACGUGGAGUGAUUGAGAAAUGAGUUUUAAUGACUCCAACCUAAGUGUAUGUAAACUUCCGACUUCAACUGUGUGUGGUAUGUAUGUAUGUGUGUGUGUGUGUGUAUAUAUAUAUAUACAUCUUAUUUACAUAAGUAUUCAGACCCUUUGCUAUGAGAUUUGAAAUUGAGCACAGUGCAUGUUAGAGGAAAAACCAAGCCAUGAGGUUGAAGGAAUUGUCCAUAGAGCUCCGAGACAGGAUUGUGUCAUGGCACAGGUCUGGGGAAGGGUACCAAAGAAUGUCUGCAGCAUUGAAGGUCCCCCAGAACACAGUGGCCUUCAUCAUUCUUAAAUGGAAGAAGUUUGGAACCACCAAGACUCUUCCUAGAGCUGGCUGCUCGGUCAAACUGAUCAAUCGGGGGAGACGGGCUUUGGUCAGGGAGGUGACUAAGAACUCUGUCACUCUGACAGAGAUCCGGAGUUCCUCUGUGGAGAUGAGAGAACCUUCCAGAAGGACAAUCAUCUCUGCAGCACUCCACCAAUCAGGCCUUUAUGGUAGUGGCCAGAUGGAAGCCACUCCUCAGUAAAAGGCACAUGACAGCCAACUUGGAGUUUGCCAAAAUGCACUUAAAGGACUCUGACCAUGAGAAACAAGAUUCUCUUGUCUGAUGAAACCAAGAUUGAACUCUUUGGCCUGAAUGCCAAGCGUCACGUCUGGAGGAAACCUGGCACCGCUUAUCACCUGGCCAAUACCAUCCCUACGGUAAAGCAUGGUGGUGGCGGCAUCAUGCUGUGGGUAUGUUUUUCAGCGGCAGGGACUGGGAGACUACUCAGGAUCAAGGGAAAGAUGAACGGAGCAAAGUACGGAGAGAUCCUUUUUGAAAACCUGCCCCAGAGUGCUCAGGACCUCAGACUGGGGUGAAGGUUCACCUUCCAACAGGAAAACGACCCUAAGCACACAGCCAAGACAACGCAGGAGUGGCUUCGGGACAAGUCUCUGAAUGUCCUUGAGUGGCCUAGCCAGAGCCCAGACUUGAUCAUCUCCAGAAUUAACUGAAAAUAGCUGUGCAGCAACGCUCCCAAUCCAACCUUACAGAGCUUGAGAGAAUCUGCAGAGAAGAAUGGGAGGAACUGCCUAAAUACAGGUGUGCCACAAGCUUGUAGCGUCAUACCCAAGAAGACCCGAGGCUGUAAUUGCUGCCAAAGGUGCUUCAACAAAGUACUGAGUAAAGGGUCUGAAUAUUUAUGUUUAAAAGUUAUUUCAUUUUUCUUAUUUGCAAACAUUUCUUAAAACCUGUUUUUGCUUUGUCAUUAUGGUGUAUUGAGUGUAAAUUGGUAAGGACAAAAACAAUUUAAUACAUUUUAGAAUAAGGCUGUAACGUAACAAAAUGUGGAAAAAGUCAAGGGGUCUGAAUAAUUUCCAAAUGCACUGUGUGU